AAAAGAGAUACGGUGGCCGAUGAAAGAAAUUCUUCACAACUGUAACUGAUCUAAGAGGGUGCCAUGAAAACCAAAAUAAACAAUUUAAAAUCGGCUGGUGCUGGCAGCAAUGACAUCUUUUCAAGGUGCAACUAGAGUACCACCAGGUCUGCCUUCCGACCAGAAUCCGUAUCCUGGCACCCAAAGUUUGGACAUUGGCCCCAAUUCUGCUAUGGGCCCAGUUGGAGUCCAAGAAAACCAAGACAGCAUGGAAAAUUCCUCUGGAAUGAAUCAAGGUGGUUCGCAACAGCCUCCACAGUUAAGAGAUAUUAACAGAGCGUUGCUCUGUCGACUUGGACAGGAAACAGUUCAAGAUAUUGUUGUUAAAACAACUGAAGUCUUUCAGAUGUUGAAAAUUUUACAGCCUCCAAAUGGCACAACACAAAGCCUUGCUUCGCAAGAAGAAAGAAGACAGAAAUUGCAAGAUCAAAUAAAUCUUGUGAAUACUUUAUUUAAGAAACUAAGAAGGGUUUAUGAAAAAUGCAAUGAAAACUGUGCUACAAUGGAAUACAGUCAUGUUGAAGUAGAUAGCUUGGUCCCUUUGAAAGAUGAAGUUGACUCAAGACAAGAAGACAAAAAGACUAGUGAAGCUAUGAAGCAGUAUACUGAAGAAUAUAAUGAUUUAGUGGAGCAAGUAAUGAUGAAGAAUAGGCAAAUCAAAGAAAUUAUUGAUCACCUGAGGUCAUUCGUUUGGGAUAUCAACACCAUGUUGGCCACCAGCAAAACAUGAACAAAGUUGAUUGUAUUAGCAUUGUACAUUUUCAUAAAAGUGAUCCUGAUUAUCUGAAUGCUUUUCAAUGUUCAUAUCACUAUUUUUUAUGUGGUGAUAUAUAUAUAAUGUAUGAAAAUAAGUAUACCAUGUAUUUGUGUAUUUAAUGUGAUAUACAGUCAACUCUUGAUGACUCGAAGUCCCAUGGGUCUGGCAAAAACCUGGGACUAAUCGGAAGUUCCUUUCCCAAUGAUUAUCAGUAAUUUUUAUUGCAUCUUGAAACAUUGUUUGUAAAGCAAUUCAUUAAGUUUGUAAACACAAUUUGACUUAUAGCUUGACCACGAAAAGAAGGCGGAUGACCUUAAAUCAAAAACAUCAUUUGUAUCAUUUGUAAUAGAUUGUUAGUUAUUAUUUUGGGAUAGAUAGAAUUAGCGAGACCAUGCCUCUUACCAUUCGGUGCUUUCUGGCGGAUUCUACGUGUUACAAAUGAUACAAAUGAUGUUUCACUUCAAGGUCAUCCGCCUUUUCAUGGUCAAGUUUUACCACGUUUUCAAAAUUUUCCAGGUACUGCAGUAAAAUAUUUCUCCACAAACAGCUUCCAUAAUCACUUCACAUGUAGUUACAUUUUCUUCAAUAUUAAAGUAAUCUUUUGUUUCUGCCCAGACCACAUUUUUGCUUUCAGAUCAGGUGAACGUGGAGGUCAUUCCAUGAAACCACCAUACCGCAAAACUCGUGAUGUUACAAACUUUACCCCACAUUCCCUUAACAAU